AUGGAUCCUCCUCCGCCGCCUCCAGCCCCGGCGCUGCAUCCCUCCGACACCAGCUUCCCCAUCAUAGCCAUCGCCGUGAUCGGAAUCGUCGCCACCGCGUUCUUGCUCGUCAGCUACUACGUCUUCGUCAUCAAAUGCUGCCUCAAUUGGCACCGAAUCGACAUCCUCAGAAGAUUCUCACUGUCGAGAGGCAGAGCUCACGAGGAGGCACUAAUGGGUGCUCACUCCCCUUCGGCGAUGGAGCGUCGGGGACUCGAAGAAUCGGUCAUAAGGUCGAUCCCUGUUUUCAAGUACUCCAAAACAGAGCAGGAGGAAAAACAGGGUAAGUCGGCACCGGCAGGGACGUGUUCCGUGGAAUGCGCCGUCUGUCUGAACGAGUUCGUCGAAGAAGAGAAGCUGCGGAGGAUCCCCAAUUGCGGCCACGUGUUCCACAUCGAUUGCAUCGACGUCUGGCUACAGAGCAACGCCAACUGCCCGCUCUGCCGGACCAGCAUUACCUCCUCCACGGCGGCAGGAGUUGGGCUGCUGCUUUUCCCGGUAGGCCAGGCUUUUGGGUCAUCUUCUCCGCAGGAUCCGAGCCCAACUCCGUACCCGGAAAGGAUCGACAUCGACGGGGACGAGGACUACGUGGUGAUUGAAUUGGGGAAUUACGUCACCAAUAGUCGGCAGAGCUCCACGGACCGGACGCUGCGAGCGGCGCAGGAAAGGCUGAUGAAUUCAGGGGAGCUUCUGCCGACGCCGCGAAAGCUCGAAUCGAGAUUCGGCGCUGCCUUGGAUGAGAAGAAAGGCAGGAAACUGGGUAGUAAAGGGAUAAGGAGUAAAGGAGAUGAAUGUAUCGAUCUCACGAGAGGGAAAGAGGACCGGUUCGGGAUUCAGCCGAUUCGACGGUCGUUUUCGAUGGAUUCGUCGGCGGAUCGGCAGCUGUUGUUGAAAAUUCAAGAGAUUGUUCAGCAGCAGAGCAGUUGUAAUAGUGGUAAUAGGCAGAAUGGUGAGGUGGGUAUUCCAGUUGAAGGUGGUAGCAGUAGUUUUAGCAGGAGCAGAAGGAAUUUCUUUUCGUUUGGGCAUAACAGAGCAUCGAAAAAUGCAGUCUUGCCUGUAUCUCUGGAGUGA